AUGCGGACUUCAUGGGAGCUCGUUUCGACCGGUCCUACGUGGGGACGCAAUACCGAUAUCGAUGGUGGUUCCGUAUAUUAUCCUGAUAUAAUCUCGAUAGAAUUGGCAACAGCAGCACUUCCGCCGAAGCCAGCCAACCUGCAAGUCGAAAAAGAGAAGAAGAAAAAUCUAAGCCGAACCAUGACAAGCAUCCCCUUCUUUAGCCAUGCUUGCAAACUUGAGAUCCAGAGAUCUAUCAGAACAUCCGAGGCGAAAGUUGGUCUAGAAGUGCCGGAUCUCGACAUCCCAGUGGCGAAUCAACAAAUCUCGCUAGGGCCCCCUAUUUAUGCGAGCAGUGGAGCUCGGCCUGCGCUUACAGCCAUGGCGGCGUCGACGACAUCAACCACCUGCGAACCAAAGCCUCUUGCGUUGCCGCCCGGAAAACUUACAGAAGCCAUGUCGACUGAAUGUAGCAUUCGCUUCGGAACGUGUCAGGAAUUGAAAAGGAACGUGGUAAUUCAUUAUGGUGAGGGAAGGCACAAUCGCUUGCAUGUUUCAAAUGUCUCUGUGUCCGCCGAAGUCAUCAAAUCAUGA